AUGUACCAUCUCAAACUGCACAGUACGAGGCGACAGUCUGCGUGUUGUGGACACCCUUGGGACACCCCGAGCCAUGGGGCUCUGAAAUUCGGUUUUUCAUUUGCCUUCAACUUCUUCCACCAUCGUGCUAUACCUCUUGGAACUUUGUCUUUCUCCUCUGCAUCUGCAUUUCGGCCAGCAAUGCCACUUUCUGCACUGGUCCACACUAGCAGGUUCACUACGGCUGCCGUGAUACGCUCCCCGUGCACCGCAGGUGGUACGAACGCCUGUACGCAUGGGUAUGCCCUCACAGGACGACGGGCGCCUGCAUUCUCCGCAGAGGCUAACCGUCAUCCAAAUGGUCGAUAUCCAAACACGGCCUCCACCUCCGCUCAUCUGCGGACGAGGCUGCACCACAUCCAGCCUACGACCAUGACGACGCUAUUAGCGGGCUUUGCACACACACAGGGCGCGACAAUGCCGUUGGGCCCGAAUCCACCAUAUAGAAACCAUUCAGGCCGACGAAAUCACUCGACGCUUGCGGAGUUGUUCAAGGGAAAUCAACAGUUCAUGGCGGAAAUGUCGAAGGAGAACCCAGGGCUGCUUUCUUCGCUCGCGAAAGACGGCCAACGACCACCAUUCAUGCUCGUCGACUGCUCAGACAGCCGAGUCAACGAGCAAGGCAUCUUUUGCGCGCAGCCUGGCACGAUGUUCACGGCCGGCAACAUUGCCAACAGGUUCGACGAAGACGACAUCAACUCAAACGCGGUGCUCUCCUUCGCUGUCGCCUCUCUGAAGAUCAAGCACGUGGUUGUCCUCGGGCACUAUGGAUGCGGUGGCGUGGCGGCCUCCAUGAUGCCCUCCAGUACAAAGACUCCUGCGGAUGUUGCGGUUCAGACUUGGAUCGAGCCUAUAAGACAGACUUACCUCACUUCUACUCGCCCAGCUAUUGUUGCUCAUAGGGCGAAGAGCCUUACGGGACCCGUUAUGACACCCGACCUGCACGAUCCUGCUUUCCGCGCUCUCGUGGAAGAGAACGUCAAGUCGAACGUUGAAAAGAUUGCCAAAUCUAUCGUCGUACGCAACCAUUAUGCAUCGCUGGUUGGCAAGCCCAUUCCACCUGCGAGCGAAAACUCGCCCACCAACGAAGCAGGUGACUUGUUCAUCCAUGGCUGGGUGUACGACGUCGAGAACGGCCGAGUGUCUGACCUUGGAGUGUCUGUUGGACCGCCUGGCCGGCCUCUUCCUCCCAGCCCAUUUCCUCACAUCGCAUCAGACUGA